AGUAUUAGGGUUAGAAUGGAUAUAAUAAUGAAUUCGAUUUAAAGUCGAAUUUCUAGGUUGAGAUCGAUUAGACCAGCAAGAAGGGUGGUUAUGGAUUGCUUAUUACUUUGGGAGGAAAGACAUCUUCUACCAUAUGACGAGAACUCUGGCACUGCGACUAUUCGUCGACAAUGAUGGGAAGUGCAUGCUGAUGGAUGAGCCAUUUUACCGCCAACAUCGCAUUCUCAAAUCCAAACUCUAUUCUCUAGGUUUGGAAGAGAGUCCAUUACCUCCUGAAAUCACAGUUCGCGCUCUAAAUUUGAGCAAUGUUGCCCACAAACCUGUGGGAAAGAUUCAUACUGGCAAUUGUUCCUUCACGGAUGAUUGGGGUCUGGCCCUUGUGCGUAACCUCAUAUCCAGUCUCCGCGAAUACGAUGUUAAUCGGGGUGAGGGCGAAACUGAAGGAAGCAAUUUUCGAAAUUAUAUGGAUCGCGCGGUCCAAGAGGUUGGCAACUUUGACUGUUUCAGAAAACCGCUAUCAGGAAGGGCUCUGAAUUUACAUAUCAAAGAAGUUCUGGAGCUGUGCCCGAUGAAAUCAUCUAAAUGA